GGUCAAACAGGCCCAUUAUCCAUAGAAAGGGCGGUCUGGUAAACAUGGAUCGGUAGGGCGACACCACUGAGGUAGAAAGAACGGUGCGACACUCAUUUUCUGUGGAUUCGGCGCCAUCUUCUGGACACCAAAAUCAUUAGUGGGUCUGCAAUCAUCUAGUCUGGUCUGAUGCUGUUUCCGGUUUGUUCCUGCACGCCGAUGUUGUGAUCUACGGUGGAGCUACGUUUGUGUUUUCCAAAUAAACCCGGCGGAUUUGAACGAGUCUUUGUCAUCAUGUCGACUGCCCUCGAGAGCUACAUCAACCGUACAGUGGCCAUCGUUACAUCUGACGGACGGAUGAUAGUGGGCACCCUGAAGGGCUUUGACCAGACCAUCAACCUGAUUCUGGAUGAGAGUCAUGAGCGUGUGUUCAGUUCCUCUCAGGGCGUGGAGCAGGUGGUCCUGGGACUAUACAUCGUCAGAGGAGACAACGUUGCUGUGAUUGGGGAGAUUGACGAGGACACAGAUUCUUCGCUGGACCUGGGGAACAUCCGUGCUGAACCCCUUAACUCUAUAGUCCACUGACCUCUCACCCUGACCCCUCAACUCUGGUGUGCUGACCCCUACACCUGAGUGAUUGUGUGUGUGAGAGAGAGUGUGAAAGAGAAAGUGA